UUUCCCGCUGAUGGUCCGUUUGACGGCGGCCGCCGCCAGGCCUCCGAGGAACCGGAUCCCGGCGCUGCCUCCGGGCAGCAGCGACACCACGUAGAAGCCGAUGACGGCGACCUGCAGCGCGGCUCCGAGCGCGCUUCAUGGCGGUCUCUCAGAUCACACCGACCCUGUUCCUGGGCGGAGCCGACGCCACCCUCAACCCGGCUCUGGUGGCCCAGAAGGGAAUCACCCUGAUUGUCAACGCCACACUCUGCCACACCUGCCCGCUGUAUCUGGGCGUAGAAUGCAUCCGCGUGCCCGUCUGCGACCUGCCAAGCGCUCGCCUGGGUGACCACUUUGAUCGCGUGGCUGAGCGUAUCCAUGGUAACCGGUCAGGCAGUACACUGGUGCACUGUGCCGCCGGGAUGAGCCGCUCGCCGGCCCUGGUGAUGGCGUACCUGAUGCGUUAUUGGGGUGUCACGCUCCGCCAGGCGCACCGCUGGGUGCAGGAGGUUCGACCUUCCAUCCGACUGAACACCGGCUUCUGGGACCAGCUGCUGCGGUACGAGAGGCGGCUGUACGGCAAAAACACGGUGAAAGUAGCCAGACCAGAGGAGCCGCUCCCGGAGCAGACGGCCGUGACCUGGCUGGUGCCAAAAUCACCGCUGAUGUCCCAGCAUGCAGCAGGGAGGCGUCCAGGAGGGACGGGCAAAUAAAAAAGACCGCGACAUCAGUAAACGCUGCGAAAAGAGGCUCAAAACCAGAGAAAGCACAAGUUUAAAUGGCAUCAGAAUGCGCUACUUCAUAAAUGUGCUAAUGCUAAUCCAUUAGCCUUUGCAUGUAUGCUAAUGUGUGCACAUGCUAAUGGUGCUAUUAAAAAUGCUAAUGCUAACAUGGAUGCUGUCGUAUUUAAAGGUGCAGAAACUUUUCAAAUAUGUAAUUUGACUGCUAAAAAGAAAUAAAACAUUAGAAAUUUAUUUGA